AUGGAGCUGGUCAAUGAUCAAGCGGCUGGGGCUCCAACCCUGAAGGCCGACGUGUGCCGCAAACACACCUUGAGCUGCGCCAGAAAAGAUGAAGAAAAGAGUUUACCCGAAUUCCGCCGUGGCCAAAAACCGCGUGCUUGCGAAUCGUGUUACCAAAGUAAAGUUUUGUGCGACAAGGCGACACCUUGCUCGCGCUGUGUUUCUCGCGGAUUGACUUGUCGUUUUCGAGACGUCUUCGACUCGGGUUGCUCUGAACAAGAUGCAGCUUACUUCAAGUCUGAGUCCGCAGGCCAAGCUCAUACCAGGGUUCCAGUCUCCAACUCUGUGUUUUUGAAGGGUGUUGUCAACCCUGAUACUGAGUCGAUGCUGGAAUACUUUGCUAAUGACGAAGCUGUCAAUGACAAGGUACCAGACCUUGACUAUCUGCCCAAUUUGCCUGACUUUUCUCUGCCCAUGAUGACCAUGGAUGGCGGAAACUUUGCUCCUUGGAGUUUCGUGUCUUUUCUGGAUGAUGAAUUCAGCGAUUUCAGUACUUCCGACGAAACCUCGACGUCCUCUGAACUAAGCGCAGCGGUGCCAGCGUUUACCCUGGAAGGUCUAGAGAGAUUACGGCAUGUCUCAGAUGAGAUUAUUCGCGAGUUAGGCAAAAGUCACAAAUUUCUCGAGGAAUACGAUCCAACAUAUACCGAAAUGUACCACGAAGAUCUAGCGCACUCUAUCUUUUCGUCAGAUAAUCUUGCUCGAUUUAUAUCUGUUUUCUUUCGCCUAAGUCACAUACAUUUUCCUCUCAUACAUAUUCCAUCAUUUGGUCAUGAAGAUACACCGGCAGUCUUGGUUUUAGCAGUCGCGCUAGGUGGUACACUCCGCUCCGCACCACGGGACGAUACAUUAUCGUCACGAUGCUUCUUAACUGUUGCAGAGGACUACGUCUUUCGGCAUAUGCAAGGGCUUUUGGUCACUGAGGCUUUCUCAAAACCGAGCAAGAAAAUGCUGUAUGCACUACAGGCUGCGAUAAUCGUCCACAAUGUUCAAUUUAUGAGAAACGAUGCACAAACGCGACGAAGAAAUUUGUCAGUCAGGCUUCCUGCUUUGGUGUCGGCGGUGCGGCAGUUGGGGUUAAAUCAGUACAAGCAUUCUGGGACGUUGAUUUGGGAGAAAUUCCUGUAUGAAGAGUUGUGCAUCCGAAUUGGUUUUUGGACCGCAAUAUCUGAUUGGCAUCAAAGUGGUAUGUUUCAUGCACCGCCGCAGACGUCCAUCAAAGAAGUCGAUUGCGACAUGCCGUGUCCAUUAGAACUGUGGGAUGCCACCAACUCCGAGCAAUUCGAAGCGAAAUUAAAGGAGUUAAAGUACCAGCCUUCACCAAUGUGCUUCUCCUCAAUAUGUAAAUUUAUCGAACUAUUAAUGAAGGACAAUUGGGAUGAGGCCCAACCUAUUCCAGUCACCAGCCUCAAACUAUCCCACCUCCGAGCAGCUACCAUGGCAUUGAGUUCCAUGGCUGUCUCGGCUCAUUUGAAUGGCACCAUGCCUGCAACAGCCCCCGCUCUGCUCCGUGCCAUAGAUCGAUGGCACGACCUUUGGGAUGCCGUCACCUCCAAACUGGACUCCGCCUCUCUGCAACGUAGCGGCAUGGCCAGGCACAGCAACGAUAUUAGUGCUCUUAUCAGGAAAGUGGUUGAAGUGGCCAUUUCUGAUACCGAACAACCGGCGUUUUUGAAGAACGUUGGUCAUGAGUCUCUGAGAGAAUUAUACGACUUUAUACUGAACCAUUAG